AUGUCUGGCCGCAUUUUUGUUGGCCAGCUCUCAGAUUGUUUGAAUUGGGAGCUGAAUGGUAAUCGGAUCGGAUAUCCGACGUUCCAGAGUGAUUAUGAGAAGGCGAAUGCAAUCUUGUCGAGUUUUGAGCAUCGUCAUCCCGGUUAUGCGGUUAUUGCACUACGUCGAAUUGGCAUCGAGCGUCGUCUGGCCAUCAAACAUUCCGGCGCCAGAGAAGCCACGGAUUAUACGUCGGUGAUUUCACGUUUUGAACGGCUGAUCCAUGAUUCGCACACUCCGCGUCGACUUGCCACAUUCUAUGCACUGAAACUGGCACGUUUCCAUGCGAAGACGCGCAAUGAUCGCCGAUUGGCCGAGAAAAUUAUUCGAGACGCAAUCAGCCGUGAUAAG